CACCAGUCCAGCAAGUCGUACCGACAACCAUGUCAGCAAAUAGCAUUACCUGGACUUUCGUUUUCAUCGCGAUUUUAGCCUUAGGGGUAAGUGGGGCGCGUAAUCGAAAUAAGAGGCCCCAACAAGAGCCCGUUGAUGUUGAUGACAGUGCCGAAAUUUCAGAUCAGUGUCCGGAACCAGAUGGGUACUUCGCGGAUGCGGAACAGUGCGACAAGUACUACCAUUGUCAGAAUGGGAAAAUAACGGAGAAAUUGUGUCCAGAUGGACAAGUUUUUAAUGACUACAGUUCGGAGUAUGAAAAGUGUGACUUGCCGUUCAAUAUUGAUUGCAGCUCAAGGCCCAAAUUGCAGGAACCUCAGCCGAGUGAGCACUGCCCCAGAAAACACGGUUACUUCGCCCACGACCAGAAAAAUAUCUGCGACAAAUUCUACUUUUGCGUUGACGGCAAAUUCAAUGCCAUCACAUGCCCCAACGGUCUAGUCUACAACCUCAAAGCAGGAAUCUGUUCCUGGCCUGACGAAGCUAAAAGAAGCGGUUGUACGUCCGACGAAGUUUUCGAGUUCCAGUGCCCUAAGGUAACCGAAGAUGUUGCUAUCACACACCCACGGUACGCCGAUCCCGAGGACUGUCAAUAUUUCUAUGUUUGCAUUAACGGAAAUGCACCCAGAAGAAACGGCUGCAAACUCGGCCAAGUGUUCGAUGAUGUUUCCAAACGUUGCGACUGGGCGAGAAACGUACCAGAAUGCGCCGACUGGUACAAAGGACGAUUGACAGAGCAGCAAUUGAAGGACUUGGAAAAUCCUCCAACGCCAAGACCCAGAGCCACUAAAGGGAGUAAGAGAAAACAGCGGCCACGUGAGAGAACAGUAGUACAAGACGAUGAAUAACGUGUGGUUGAGUCUUAGUUGGAAGUUUUAAAAGAUAAAAAUUUAGUUGAAAAGAAAAUUAAUUAAUAAAUAAAAGUAAAAGAAAGUAUGAAGAAACUGUGUGUACUUGUUUGGUUUUCUCUUUAGAUAUUGCUCAAUAUUAGUUAUUUAUAAUUUUAUUUGAACAAGGCAUUAUUAUUCACUGGAAUUUUAUUUUCUACACUUUUAAAACACUACUAAUACAAAUUGCAUUUUUAAGCAAAUUUUUAUAUAUAUUAAUGAAAUAAUUGUCCUUCUUAGGCAAUUAUAAUGAUCAUAUUUGUAAUAUUUAUUUACGGAAAACAUUAACGGCUCGUCAAAAGUUAGAGGUAUUGUUACUACAUAGUAUUCAAAUAAAAUCAAUUUACAAAUAUAAAUGCAAAAUAAUUCUUUAUUUUACAAUAUUAAAACAUUUUUUUUUUCAAGAGUGUAUCCUUCAAAAGCUUUAGUAAAGGGGGUUUUAACGGUUAAACCCCCCAGGGCACUAUUCCGACACUGUGACUCACAAUUUAAAGACUCAAAAUAAAUGAAGGUAGCCUAAUCUAAGGAAAGCCUAAGGAAAAUUCUAGGUAUGCUACUGCGCAAUGCAUUUGCUAACUUUUCACUAAAUUAUUCAGUACAUUUUGGCUGACUUACAUCCGAAGUUAAUGCCGUAGGUACCUUAACUGCUGAGAGGAAUUGGUUGUAGUUUUGUGUAGGUACAUAUAAUGCAUGAUUAAUGAAGUUGGUAUCGAGAUCUCAGUUUAAUGACAUAUGACAGAUGGCUUCCCAGAAAAAAGCUCUAACUCAAGUGGUUGAACGGUUCGAGUUGCAUCUUAGUUAAGGAAAAAAUAUUCUUGGCCGAUAGGAACCUAAUAAUUUUGACUAAAAUUUUUGAUGACUUCUUUUAUGAUGCUAUAAAUCUCUGCUCCAUUAUAACUAAUUUUUACACCAGAUUGUGUCGAUACGGUUUCGAAAUAAAAUAUAUCCUUUAUAGAAUGACAGUUUCUUAGACAUUGAAGGGCUUGUAUAAAGACGUUCGCGUUCACUACCAGAAAUUCUUCUUAAAAGAGACUCGUGUGAACAGUACAGAUUUUCAUUCGUCUUUCCCAUUUCGACGUUCCAGAGUCCAAGCCACUCUUUUCCGCUUGUGUUUGUAUUGUAACUUAAGUCAAUAUUAAUGAUGUCUUGACAUAAAAUUGUUUUUAAAUGUCGUCCGUCCAUCUGGUAGGUCUUCCACGAUUUAGCUUGUCUGCCUUUGGCCGCCAUUCUAAAAUCUUCUUUGUCCAUCUGUUGUCUCUCUAUCUUGCGACGUGUCCUGACCAUUUCCACUUCAACUUCGUAAUCCCUUUUAUUACAAGACAUUAAAAGAAUAGUGACAAACUGGAUCGCAGCUGCACAGGACAGAGAAGAGUGGAGACAUCUUGAGGAGGCCUAUGUUCGACAGUGGACAAAUUUGGCUGUGUGUUGAUGACAUAAAAUUGAUCUCUGAAAGCCUUUGUCACAAAGCUGCGACUGAAAUCGCAAUUCUUGUGGCAAUCAAAAAUAUUUCCCGUUCAUAAUUUUAUAGCUCUCUAUAUCACCCUUCUUAUGACAUUGUUCAGAGUUUCUGUAAAAAAUUCUUUGCCUGCCAAUUUAAACCAUUCUGUAAUAUUUCCAGUUUAGUUGUAAUGACUAACUAGAGAUUUUGCGAUAAAUUGGACAUAUCUAUUUUCGCAUAAAUUAUAUCAGAAAUUGGUGCAAAUUAAUUGUUGCGUAUUUAAUUAUGCUAAUAAAUAGCCAAUAUAAUGAGUGUAGCUUUUAUAGGAUUCCAAAGAUUACAUAUAAAUUAGAGAAAAGAGGAAGAUGGAUUCGUGGUAUUAAUCACUUAGUUAUCACAUAACCUCAUUUUUAUCUUCAUUAUUGGCAUAGUACAUUAAACCAGCAAUGUGUUUGCAUAUUUCGCGUUUGUUAUAAACACAUGUGCAACACGGCUUAAUCGGCGGGUUACUUUUACUACUAAUGUUUUUAAUUACAUGCUCUUCCACAUGGCAAAUGUGAUUUGACAGUACUAGAUUUUUCCCUUUUUUCCAUUUGGGGUUGAAGAGAUAAAUUAUGAUGAAUUUUUAUAAACCAACUUCUUAUUCCUACAUCCAUUUUAUAUAUAAACUGAAAAAUAAUAAUUAAAAAACUUAUUAUUAAUAAUUGUCAAUUUCGUAUGUAUUUAACAAUGUUUAACCUCAAAUUGGGAGGUCCAAAACUGUAAAAUGGAGGCAAUAGAGGUCGCGUCAGUCACGCACGGAGCGAAUAAUGUCCUCUACGAGAGUUAACUUUUUUUCUUAACGUUCUUAAUUAGAAAAAUUUCUAAAUGAUAAAAAAAGUGGUACAGUAAAAUAAAUACAGUAGAAUAAAGUAAUUUUAUUAUUAUUUUUUUUUUAAUUUACGAUUUUCUGUACUAUUUAAUAUUCUUGGUAUAAAUUUUAAUAUAAUUAAAAAAGUUUACAUGUUGUAUAAUGGACUCUCCUCGUUGAGUAAACGGACUCUUCCAACUAUUUCGUGUCGCUAAUUUCGUGACAUAAUAAAAUUUAGGAACUGACAAUAUUAAAAAAUACUGAAAAGCUGAGAAAUAAAUAAGAUUUUUUAUGGCAGAAGUUUUAUUUUAAUACAAAUAAAAACAAUAUCCAUAACAUUUGACGAGUCAUUUAAUCCGUUUGUAUACAUAGUUUUCUACAAUUUCUGAAAAAAAUUAAGGUUUGAAAAUAUUAGUAUUUAUUAGAUUAAAUACUACAAUAUGUUCUUAAGGAACAAAAUAUAUUUUUCAAUUAUUUGAAAAUGUAGUUUUUGAUUUUUUUUUGUACGAGCGAUAGUUAUUAAAUUCUUUUUUU